CAAGAGCCACAGCAGCCACCUGAGGCUAGCUUCCGGCGACUGCGAGGGCGGGGUGGCGGUGUGGUCGGUGCUGGGCGGCAGCGUGGCGAGCAGGCUGGAGGAACACUUUUCCGUACGAGAGUAUGUACGGAGCGGCAACAGCAGCACCUCUAGUGGCGGCGGAGGCGGUGGACCAAGAGGGAUGUACGGCAAUGACGUCAGCGGCGGCAGUGCCGGCGGCGGCCCCGGUUACCUGGCUCCUGGGGGUGUGGCGGGGCUGGCUUGGGUGCUCUCCUCUCCGUCGGUGCUGGCGGUGCUGCUGACCCCUGGGUCACUGCUACUCUGGGAUACCAAAGGGGGUGCCGUACUCUGGAAGCGGGAGCUAGCGGGCCCGGACAUUUGGCACAGCCUGGAGGUGGAUCCGUUGGACUGCCGGCGGUUGGCGGUUGGUAGCGGUCAAGGCGGGCUGGCAUUACUCUCACUGGACGACCCGGCGAGCGACCGAGUGGAGAUCAAACAGUACCGCAUUGGCACCGCGGCGGCGGUUGCAACCACCAACAGCAACAGUAAUGGAGGUGCUACUGCGGCUGCUGCUGCUACUGCGGGCGGCCUGGUCGGCCUGCGCUUCUGCGCCACUCGGGACUUGCUGUUCCUCAUGAUGCCGCGCGAGAUCGUUGUGUUUGACACGGAGUUGGGAGCCCCCGCCGCCUCCCGCCCGCUCCCCCCCGGCCGGCCGCCCUUCUCCUGCCUGCUGGGGGUGUACGGCAGGGGGGUGAGUGCGGGCGGGGGCGACGAGGGCGGCUGCGAGGGGGUGUGGGCGGCGCAUGUGGAUGGCAGCCUG